AUGGCUAGAUCCUCAUUCGAGACUGAAGUCCGCUCUUGGGGCUUUAAAGAAGUAUUCACAUGGACAGACUCGCCCAACUACCACUAUCCACCACAUAAACACAACGCACUGACCACCCACCUGAUUGUGAGCGGACAACUCACAAUUCGCUACCCAGAAGAUCCCCAAGCACCGGAUAAGAAGGAGACCUUUGGCCCUGGGGGUAGAAUCGACGUGGGAAAAGGCGUGAUGCACGAAGUUUGGAUUGGAGACGAAGGUUGUACAUACGUCAUCGGCGAAUAA